AUAACCUUCUUUCUUCUCCCUUUCUCACUUAAUUUAUUCAAACUAUUCUUUUCCCAUCUCUCUCAAUUUACUAAACCGCAAAACCCCCCAAAAUCGGUAAGUAAAUUCCUCCAAUCCCUUCCAUUAUUCAUCGAUUCUUUAGUUUUGCAUGUUAAUUUUUGAGAUCUGAGCAAAAGAUUUAAUCUUGCUGAAUUAUUUUAGAUAGAAAUUUGGUGUUUUCCUUUGAUUUGGUGUGUUUGAUGAGGAGAGAAUCUAGUAUGGCCGGUGUUAGGUGGACCGACGAAGAUAGGGCUAUGGCUUCUGCCGUUUUAGGUAGCAAAGCAUUCGAUUACUUGAUUUCAAACAAGGUUUCUGCGGAAUGCUCUUUAAUGUCGAUUAGCAAUGAUGAGAAUUUGCAGAAUAAGCUCUCAGAUCUUGUAGAACAUCCCAAUUUGUCCAAUUUCAGUUGGAAUUACGCAAUUUUCUGGCAAAUUUCUAGGUCAAAAAUUGGGGAUUUAGUGUUGGGGUGGGGGGACGGGUGCUGUCGGGAGCCCCGGGACGAGGAGGAGGAUUCCGAUGUUACUCGGUUCCUCAGGCUCCGGCAGGAGGACGAGUGCCAGCAGCGGAUGCGGAAGCGGGUGCUGCAGAAGCUGCAUAUCUCGUUCGGGGGGAGCGAGGACGAGAGCUACGCGUUUGGGUUGGAUAGGGUGACGGAUGCCGAGAUGUUCUUCUUGGCGUCGAUGUAUUUUUCGUUUAGUCGAGGGGAAGGGGGGCCGGGGAGGUGUUUUAGCUCGGGGGAGCAUUUGUGGUUGAGCGAUGCGUUUAAGUCGCCCGUGGAUUAUUGCGUUCGCUCAUUUUUGGCGAGGAAUGCGGGGGUGCAGACCGUUGUGUUGGUUCCGACGGAUAUUGGUGUGGUGGAGUUGGGCUCAGUUAGGUGUGUUCCGGAGAAUGUGGAGGUGUUGAGGGCCGUUAGGUCGUCUUUCUCUUCGUUGUCGGGGAUUUUUAAGUCCAAGAAAGUUGCGGUGAAUGAGAGGUCCAAGGGUUUUGUAGUCGAGCAAGUGGUUCCUAAGGUUUUCGGGCAAGAUUUAUGCUCUGGUCGUGUGGAAUUGAAGGGGAAUGGCGAUGUUAGGAAGGUUGAAUAUGGGACGAUUAAUGGGAACGGGAACGGUUUGGUGUGGAGACAGUACGCGAACGCUAAGCCUGCAACCCCGGUGGAGGUUUAUAAUCCUCCAAGGCAAGUAAAACAUCCGUUGAACGGGUUGAACGGGCAGAACCGGAAACCAGCGCAAAUGCAGAUUGAUUUUGGCGCGAAUUCGCGACCACAGAGCACAGAGGCAGAGCACUCUGACAUUGAAGUUCCGUGUAUCGAAGAGAGCAUGCUGGUAUCAGAAGACAACAGGCCAAGGAAGCGUGGCCGGAAGCCCGCCAACGGGAGGGAGGAGCCCCUCAAUCACGUGGAGGCGGAGAGGCAGCGACGCGAGAAGCUGAACCAGCGUUUCUACGCGCUGAGAGCGGUGGUUCCGAAUAUUUCCAAGAUGGACAAAGCUUCCCUCUUGGGAGAUGCGAUUGCUUACAUAACCGAGCUUCAGAACAAGCUCAAGGGCUUGGAAUCUUCCAACGGGAGGGUGUCGGGAGAGGCGGAAACUCAGCCAAAUACGGAAAGGCCACCCCCUAGCAUCGACAUCCAAGCUGGCGUAGGCGAAGUAACGCUGAAGGUGAGCUGUCAGCUCGAUGCUCACCCCGUGUCGAGUUUCGUUCGAGCAAUCAAGGAUGCUCGGGCGACCAUAGUAGACGCAAAAUUUGCCUCCGGGAGCGAGAAAGUGUUCCAUACCUUUGUCGUCAAAUCAGAUGCACCAGAGCGGCUAACCAAGGAAAAGCUGCUCGGAGCGAUGUCGCGCGAUCAGCAGCAGCCGUAGUCGGUCGGGUAAAUACCGGUAUUUAAUGUUUUUUACAAAAUAAUUAGGCAGUGAGAACCAAUAUGGAAAUCUUUUGCAGAUAUUAUUGUUAGGAAAACAAAGUCUUUAUCUGUUUAUAGUAUAGAUUUGUUGUAAGAACAUAGCUUUCAAGAUUUAUUGAUUUGUUAAGUUCAAUUCAAUUAUGACCUAUAUUUUCUCAAUUUCAAACAUCGUUUCCUUUGUCA